AUGCCCACAAGACAGAAUAACAACCUCCGCAUCAACCGGAAAAUCCUCCCGACAAAUCGCACACGAGGAAUCAUCAACCGCCCGCGGAAUCUCACCUACCUUUCUUCUCGUCUGCUCUCCAAUAACAGCAUUAGCUACAAGUGUUAUCAUUUCGGCUUUCUCAACUUCGAUAGUCUGGCCCUUGGUACUGGGACUGCGGAUUACGCAGAUUUCUCGCGGACCAAAGUACAGAAUGUCUUCUUUACGGAGAUGUUUUUGGGAGCGCAGGAUCUGGAUGCCGAGGAAGAACCAGUCGCGUGGAAGGAAUGA